CGUAAUUUUUAUCUUAAGUCAUUAAAAGCUCGUUAGACAGUUUUCUUAUCAUAAUCUAAUAAAGAGUAUUUUUACUGUUCGGUUUAACUGUAGUUAAGAGUUUUACUGCAAUUAUGUAAAUAUUAAAAUCAUUUGCUAUGAAGAGUUGGUUUUUAUUGAAUCAAUUUUUAACAAAUCCACGAGCAUAAAUAGUAACGUUAUAAAUUUAUUUUGUAUUACUCAGAUCUUACUGUUACAAUAAAAAUGUGCGAUAAAAAUAUAAAUAAAAGCCCUAAAGAGGUGCUAAUGAAAUCUGUACCGAAAUGCAGUGAUGGGACAAAAGUUUUUGUAUUACCUCCAGAGUUGCUGAAGGGGUUGAUUAACCGAAGUAAGAAAGUCACAGAGGCUGAGGAUAAUUCUACUGAAAAAUUUGAAAAAUCACAAAAACAAAAGGACAGAGGUUUUUGUAGUAGUUAUGUAAAAAAUGAAGAAAAAACAAUUCAAAAGAAUGAUAGUAAUGACUUGAGAGAUAAAUCAAUCACUGAUAACAGUAAUCCUGAAACGAAAAAUGUUAAGCAACUCGACAAGGCAGAUAAGAAAAGUGUACAAAUCAGUGUAAAAUAUCAAUGUAAGGAUAAUGGCACAAAAAGUGAUAGUAUGGAUAUUUAUCAAACUAGUCAAACUGAAGCAACUUCAACCGUGAUCCCAGAUGAAAAUCAAUUAAGUUUAGACUACAUUAAUUUAAACGAAAACUCUCAUGGAAAAGUACAGCAUGAAAAUGAAACUACUGAUGGUAAAGAUUAUAUUGAAUAUGAGGAAAUUGAAUUUAUUGUGGAAGAGAUAGUAGACGAACCUGUUAGCACAAAAGUUGCAGUUGAAUCUCAAAUUUUAAAUCGCAUGAAUCUUAGUGAUUGUAAUGUGGAAAACAUUUCCAGUGACAAUAUCAUUAAAAUUAAUAAAAAUGAUUCUAUAGAACAGUUUGCUAGGAUUGCAGAAAAUGAAGAAAAGACUGAAAAAACAAAAAUAGUAAGAACUUACACCAAUAAACGGAAAAUGAAAUCCCAAAUUACAAAUAGUGAAUCUCAAACUGAAAGUUUAGAAAACAAUAGUAUUACUCUGUCAAACAGUGUACUAGAAACAUCAAAUAUCAAUAUAAAUGAAGUCAACUUUGAAAAAAUACCAUGCACAACAAAUGUAAUAAAAACGAACGAUCCAAGCAAAUUAUCUCAUUUUCAUUCAGCGAAUGAUUUUAGAAAUAUGAAUGAAAAAACAUGUCAAUCUUCAAAUAUCGAUGUAAAAAAUUCUUCUCCAAAAUUUAUGAAUUCAGCUAGUGUGUAUGAUGUUAAGACAUUAAAAAAUGAAAGUAUAAAAAAUGUUAAAUCAACAAAUUUGUUUGAUGUUGAAAUGCAAAAAGAUGUAUGUUUUACUUCGAAAUCUACUGGUAGUGAAAAUAUAAUGAGUGAUGGUAUUAAGAGUACGUUCGAUCUGUGCGAUAAGUCUGAAAAUGUUAAUUUAGCACUUAAUAAAACUUUCGGUUCUGAAAAAAAAGGUGUGCUUGAUGAAUCUGAUUUACCAAUAUCACAAUUUGAAACAAAACUUUUACAAAACAUCAUUCCAGAAAAAUCCAGUUAUUCAACCAGUAUUUAUGAUGAACUGGAAAAUGUGAUGGAUGAAUCAGCAUCUUUUUUCAAAAGCAAAUGUAAUGAUGAAAUUGAUAAACUUGAUAAUCAAAAGGAAGGUAAUGGUUUGAACGAAAAUGAUACUUGCACAGAAGCUCUGCCUGAAACAAUGGAACAAUCUCAAGUGAAUCAAUUGUCAGAUCAAACUAAAAAUGAUACUGCUAUGUCAUAUUGUUCCAUAGACGUUGUUGAACUCAAUAAAACAAAAAAGUCUUUUGACGUUAAUACGUCAUUUAAUGAUACAAUAAAUUAUAAAGUACCUAAAAUUAUUAGAACUUACAGUAUAUCUUAUUCUAGAAAAGAUUCCAAAUAUAGCGAUGAUAAUGCAGAGGAUCUAGCAUCGUCAAAUAAAACAAUUCAUAAGAAUUUAGCUUCGAAAAUUAAUUUCUGUCUCAGUAAUCCUAUAAAACAGUUCGACAAAAUAACAGAAUAUACAGCAAAUACUACUAGAGAAAGUGAUAUGCUUGUAAAAGAAAUAGGACGGUCAGUAAAAUCAGACAGUCUUAUUGACGAUAACUCGGAGAACUUACGACUCAGAAAAAAAAGAACAAACAAUUCUUUGGACAAAGUCCAAAUUCCAUCUGAUACUCUUGAAAAUUCUGAAGAAAAUGUUAAUGACAGGUCGAGUUUAUUAGAACUAGAAACUAGUACCGAGGUAUUGAAUAAAAAUACGGGUAAUUUAUUAGAACAUAAUAGUAUAACAAAGAAACGAAGGGGAAGACCACCUAAAACCAGAGUUUCAACUUAUAACAUAAUAAAUAAUAACGUCAGUAAUGAGGCUACGAACAAUUUAGGUAAUGAUUGUAAGGUAGAAAAAUUUAUCGAAGAACCAACUGGACAAGACAAAAACAAUGUAAUAUGCACCAUUAAGUGUGAAGUGACAUCAGAUGGAGAAAGUGUAGUUACAAAUAGUGUGCCAAAAAAACGAAGGGGAAGGCCACCAAAAGUCAGAGUUUCGUAUGAAAAUGCAGCUGACACUAAACUCAGCAAUCAGGUUGUCUACAAUGAUUUAGGUAAUGAUUCUUUUAUAGGAAACUUCAAUAAAGAAUUAACUCAGCAAGACGAGCAUAAUUUAGAAUAUACUAUUAAAUCUGAAGUGAUGUCAGAUGAAGAUAGCACGGUUCCAAAUGGUACAUUGAAAAAACGAAGAGGAAGUUCACCGAAAAUCAGAGUUUCAAAUAGUAGUACAACAGACAAUGAGUUGAGUAAUAAGGUUGUCAGCCAUGAUUUAGAUAAUGAUUGUAAUCUAAACAAAUUCAUGAGUGAAACUCCAACGCUAAAUGCAAGUAAUUUAGGAUUUAAUACUCAAUCUGUAGAAACAUCAAAUGGAGAUACACAACUUUCAAACGAUUCAUCAAAAAAACGGAGGGGAAAACCACGAAGAAACAGAGUUACAAGUAAUAAUUUAACAAACGAUGAGCUUACUGAUAUAAUAAUAAACAAAGAUUUGGGUGGCGAUUCUAAUGAAGAAAAAUUUACUCAAAAAUCAAUUCAGCAAGGUGAAAAUAAUGCUUUUAAGUCUGAAGAGAUAUUAGAUAAAUACAAAGUUCCGAAUAGCACAUCAAAAAAACGAAGAGGAAGACCACCAAAAAUCAGAGUUUCUGAAAGUCAAAUGUCUGAUGAUAAGCUGAGCGAUAAGAUUGUGUAUGAUGAUUUAGGUAAUAAUUCUGAUGAAGAAAAAUUGAUUGAUGAAGCAACAAAGCCAAAUGAAAAUAAUUUAGAAUGUGAUUCUAAAUUUGAAGAGACAUUAAAUACUGAUAAAAAUACUGAAGUUCUAAAUAGUGCAUUAAAAAAACGAAGAGGAAGGCCACCCAAAAAAAAGUCAAGGUUUGAUAAUCCAGACGAUAAAUUUAAUGAGGAUACACGUGACAUUAACUUAGCAGAAACUUUGAAGUCAAAACUAGAAAAUGUUAGUAUCAAGAUUGAAAAUAAUGUGGAAUGUCAAGAUAAUGUUGAAGAAAUUUCGGAACAUAAUGAUACACCAAUAAAACAGAGAGGCAGACGUUCAAAAGCCUAUUCGUUAUCAGCAGUACCGCUGGACUGCUCAGACAGUCACGAAAAUUCAGGUGAAGAAGAUUAUUCAAAAAACAAGAACAUGGAUCAAAGAAACGUCCGAAAGAGAGGCAGAGGACGACCUAAAAAAUCAAAUGUAAUUGUUUCUGAUGAUUCAAGCAAAGGUGACGAAGCUAAUGCAGACAAGAAAAUAAGAUCUAGUUGGCGUGACAGGACAAACAAACAAAAAAUUACCCUGCAGAAAUCUGAUUCAGAUGAUAAUAGGAGUUUCAUGAGUGAACCAGAUGUAAGCGAUGAUCUUAGCAGUGCCAGUGAAGGUAGCAGAGUUGUAUGUAAAAAAAAAAAAUACACAAGGGUCAAUGUACGUAGGAAAAGAGGAAGACCUAAGAUAAAUAUGGAAGAAAAGAAGAGUGAUAAUGAUUAUGCACCUCACCGUUUACAAUCAUCUAGAUCCUCAAGAACUAAUAAACUCAAGCUUGAUACAUCUACAGAAUCCAACAAACUUUCAAGCGUAUUGGUCAAAUGUGGAAAAUGUCAUGCAGAAUUAAAAAAAUCUCUAUGGAGCCAUCAUAAUCUUUCAGCACAUAAUGAUUUAGCGUGGCUUGAAGGAACCGAAAAUCCAAACUAUGAUAACGACGAGAAGUUAUUAAAAAAAGUUUUAGUAAAUGCUAUUAAAAAACGAAAGGCAGGUCUUAUUUGCGAGAGUUGCUUAGAUACCAAACGCAGUGUCGUGGGAUAUUUAUCACAUAUAAUGUUUUGUGGAAAAAGUGAUGAAGAAAUAAGAUCAUUGAUGGUUACUUGUCCUGAGUGUAAUGCCAUGAUUAAACCUUCGUCAUUAGAGUAUCAUGAAAGGAUUCAUAAACAACAAGCUGAACAAAAGAAAUUAUCACUUGAUGUUUCAUUAAAAGGAAGCGCAGAAAAUGAUGCAGGACAAAAAUCAAAAAGGAAGGCUGCUGAAAAAGCAACUGUUAAAAUAUUAGAAAUCACAGAAUUAGUAAAAGGUGAUAAAGAUAAUUUGACCGAUAAAACAUUAAAAGUUUCAAAAUCUUUGAAAAAUAUUAUACAGGUCCCAACUCUAAAGCGAAAAGUUCCUGGUAUCGUAUUAAAGAAAUGGAAACAGGAAAUAUUAAAUAAUCAAAAUACAAGUUGUAAUCAAGUUGGAUGUCAAUUUUCGAGUAAAGAACUUGAUGAAAUGAUAAAUCAUUAUUCAAGUUGUAAUUUUACACCUCAUAAGAACUAUUGUUGUAAAAUAUGUCAAUAUCAAUCAACUUCGGAAGCUGAAAUCGUAAAACAUGCAAAUGAAAACCAUUUUUUAGAAGAUAACGCAGAUCCAAAUCUUUCUUUGUCCGAUGAAGAGCCCUAUAGCGACAAAAGUGAGAAUCUACAAUCUGAAUCUGAAUCUGAAUCACGGAAAAAACCAUCUAAAUCAAGUGUAUAUAAAAAAAAUAAAGAUUUGUGCAGCAAACAGUUUAAAUUUAUACACGAAAACAUAGAUGAUUGUUUUAAAUAUUCUACAACAUAUAAUAAUGCUUUUAUAUGGACCUUGAACUCUGAAUUACAAAAUUACAAAUUUCAUUUAUUUGAUGAAUUUACACCGAAAGUAUUUAAACUAUUGGAUUCAAAAGAGGGAAUGAAUUAUAUACCGGAACAUGAGGAAUCAAUGGCUACUAUGAACAAAGUAUUUGAUACGCGGAAAAGUAACACGGAAACUAAAUGGAAGAAAUGGAAAAGGUUUGAAGGUCAAUGUGUUCAAGAUAAUCCAACAUUUUUCACUGGAGGACCUGUUUGGGCUAUUGCGUGGUUACCAAUACCUACUUAUUUGACGUGUUCUGAAGAUGUUAAUGAGUUCAUUGCUGUCAGUACUCAUACUAAUAUGGACAAAGAAUAUUCAGUAGGAAAAGCGCAUUCUGGAAAAAAUGUUAUUCAAAUUUGGAAUGUAGGAUUCUUAGACUACAAAAAUAAAAAUGCAGCAAAACCGAAGCUUGCUUAUGCUAUUACACACGAAGGAGGUACAGUUUGGAGUAUGGAAUGGUGUCCAUCUGGAUGUUAUGAACAUGAAAAAUUACCUGGUUUUAUAGAAAAAGAUGAUCAAACUAAAAGAAUGGGGUUGCUGGCUGCAGCUUGCUCUGAUGGUAGCAUUCGUGUUUAUUCACUUAUUUUUCCAGAAAGUCUGCCACAUGUGAACCAACACUUUAUCAAGACAGAAAACCAACAAAAUCAGUAUCCUAUUUAUGAUACGGAGCCUUCUAUAGUACUGGUCACAAAUUUGCAGAUGUAUGAUAAUAAACGACAAACUUGGCAAGUUACAAAGUUAUCAUGGACCAAAGAAGAUGGGCAUAGCGUUAUUGCUGCUGGUUUUUCUAAUGGUUAUGUGGCUCUUUGGAACUUGGUAACAAAAUCUCCGAUGCUUAGAACUAAAAGAGGAAAUACUACUUUUUUAAUGCCAUACAGACAUUUUCCUGCACAUCUACAUGCUGUUACAAUGGUAUGUUUAGUGGCACAAGACAAUCACAGAUUCUUAGCAACAGCCAGUAUGGAUAGAUUGUAUAAAUUUUGGGACUUGGAAGAUAUCACUAGCCCAAAAAAUACUUUUAAAAAGGGCAUCAUCUCAGACGGCACAUGGUUGAACCAUUGGUGUUGUUCUAUUAUCACUUGUGACGAUGCCCUGAAUCAUGGACAUAAUUACGUGAACUGUUUGCCGCUUCGAGAUUACACUUAUAAAUUUUUCAACCUUUUACCAACUAAUUCACCAAGUUUUACUGUAUCAGCAUCUGAUUUUGGAAAUAGUGUUGCAUGUGGCACCCUUGCAGGUGAAGUUCUUGCAAUUUUCCCUUAUCAAUUAUUGUACAUUGCAAGCAUGGAAAAAAAGUUGACGCGCAAACGUUUGCAUAGUAUUGUAUCUUCUGUGGAAAUCGUUGAUUUUGAAAAUGAAAAAGAGCGCACCACACAAUCUAAAAAUCAUGUGAAUGUAGCAAAUCGAAAAAAGAAAACAGAUUGUGACCUCGCGUCAUCGUCUUACAGUGAAGUUGAAAAUCGUUUCGGGUUGAAAUUUUGUGACAAAAUGGCAAAUUUCCAGAAAGAAUGGUAUGUUCUAAAAAAAAGUCAAAGACGUAAAACUCUUGCAUGUGAAGCAAUGGAGGAAGUGCCACUAGAACAGUAUCCAUUUAUGGCUGUAAAUAGGGUUUCAUGGAGUCCUAAUGCUCGGAGUUUCUUAUGGCUUGCCGUGGGUUAUCAAAACGGCUUCAUCCGGCUUAUUCCAUUUAAAGCUAAAAAUUCAGAUACAACGUUACAGUGGGAUAAUUUGUUAAAGAAGCAUGUCAAAAAGCUCGAAACUCAAGAGAAACAGUCUACAAUAGUUUUAUGAGUAUUUAUGAAAGUAGAGGUGA